ACGGUGACGUGUUCGUCACAUACCACGUGGAUACACACGCAUGACACGUUGCUCCGUAUUCUCCGCGCUGUACCACCAGUGUGCGUUCGAAUCGUCUCGUAAAUACGGUCGUUCUUCGUAUCGUAGCUGUGCCUAACGAGUUGCCUGUCGACAGUCGAACGUCUGUACCUGUAGCGAGUGCAUUUUACCAGAACCAACAUCAUUGAGAGAUACUUGGCACGUUUUCCAAUAACUAGUGGGACCUGCGGAUUUCAUCGAACGGAAUCUUUCCGUAGAUUGUUUACGACCAAAGCAAGGAGAACAAUUUUAAACCAUGCCUGCCGCACCUAGUGCCGCCUCUGUGGGCUCCGUUGGACGUUCGCCCAGUAAAGCGAUAGCGCCGAGAACAGGUGGCAGCGGUGCCGUUAGACAAAGGAAGACUGUGUCGGCGAACAGUGCAACAAGAAAUAGGAGUACGGGUACGAGCUCUGGAAGCAUGUGGAAAUUCUAUACGGACGAUUCACCCGGCAUCAAAGUAGGUCCUGUGCCAGUACUUGUCAUGUCCCUCUUAUUCAUCGCAUCUGUGUUCAUGCUUCACAUCUGGGGCAAAUACACUCGAAACUAAAAUUAAAUAUCAUAUAUUAAGAGCGGACAGCAAAGCCAGGAGGACCAGGAGGCACUAGAUGAUGCGACUGUGAGAUGAAUUGAUGCAUCAAUAUUAACAUAAUUGAACAUAUGCAUCUUGAUAUGUGCGAUAUAAUUUAAUACGUGUAUUGUAAAAUGCGCGUGUAUGUUACUGAGCAUAUGUGAAUGUAUAUCAUUGCGGGAACUAUCAUAAGAUCAUUACAGAGCGUUACAUAUAUCAUUGCAUGAUAGAAAUAUACUGAAGUUGCGGAAUAUAAUAGACUUAUAAUGGGAAAUACUUCUUUUUUAAUAAUUCCAUGUUUAUGUGUAUUGUGUGAAAAAGUAUGAAAGUACUUAAUUUUAUUAGAGGCCUGCAAAAGUUUGUCUGAUCAUUGAUAACUUUAUUGGUUCCAGAAAUGAGUUAUUUUACAGAUAAUUAUUCGAGCAAGCACAAAAAGUGGAGUGAAUAACAACAGUAAAUAGUUGAAGUAGACAAUAGAACACAGAGCAUAUUAUUGUUGCUAUUAAUAAAAAAAAUUUGCUAAAAGUCUGAUAAACUUCUACAAGCCUCUAAUAAUUUGUAAUAUUACUGUUAUGAGUGUAUGGUUGUUAAAGUAAAUAUGACUUAUUUUUAUCCUGUAAA